AUGACCGCAGACCCACACACGCGCCAGACCGCAGACCACCCCACACGCGCCAGACCGCAGACCCCACACACGCGCCAGACCGCAGACCUCACACACGCGCCAGACCGCAGACCCACACACACGCGCCAGACCGCAGACCACACACACACGCGCCAGACCGCAGACCCACACACGCCCCAGACCGCAGACUACACACAGCCCCAGACCACCCAGACACACGCGCCAGGCCGCAGACCCACAGACGCGCCAGACCGCAGACCCACACACACGCCCAGACGAGACCACACACACACGCGCCCAGACCGCAGACCCACACACGCCCAGACCGCAGCACACACACACGCCCAGACGCAGACCCAGACACACGCGCCAGCCGCAGACCCACAGACACGCGCCAGACCGCAGACCCACACACACGCGCCAAGACAGCAGACCACACACACACGCGCAAACCGCAGACCCACCACAACGCGCCAGACCGCAGACCCACACACACGCGCCAGACCGCAGACCCACACACGCGCCAGACCGCAGAACCACACACACGCGCCAGACCGCAGACCCACACACGCGCCAGACCGCAGACCCACACACGCGCCAGACCCCGAGACCCACACACACGCGCCAGACCCAGACCACAACACACGCGCCAGACCGCAGACCCACACACGCCCCAGGACCGAAGACACACACACGCCCAGACCGCAGACCCACACACACGCGCAGAAACCCCAGACCCACACACGCCCCAGACCGCAGACACACACACGCCCAGACCGCAGACCCAGACACACGCGCCAGCGCAGACCCACAGACGCCAGACCGCAGACCCGCACACGCUGCCAGACCGCAGACCCACACACGCCAGACCCAGACCAGACACGCGCCAGACCGCAGACCCAACACAAGCCCCAGACCGCAGACCACACCACACGCGCAAGACGCAGACCCACACACGCGCCAGACCGCAGACCCACACACACGCGCCAGACCCAGACCCACACACGCGCCAGACCGCAGACCCACAACACGCACGCCCCAGACCGCAGACCCCACACACGCGCCAGACCGCAGACCACACACACGCCCCAGACCGCAGACCCACACACGCGCCAGACCGCAGACCCACACACGCCCAGACCGCAGACACACACACGCCCCAGACCGCAGACCCAGACACACGCGCCAGGCCGCAGACCCAACAACGCGCCAGACGCAGACCCAACACACGCGCCAGACCGCAGACCACACACAGCGCAGACCGCAGACCCACACACACGCGCCAGACCGCAGACCCAACACAACGCGCCAGACGCAGACCCACACACGCGCCAUACCGCAGACCCAGACACGCGCCAUGACCGCAGACCCACACACACGAGCCAGACCGCAGAGACCACACACCACGCGCCAGAGCGCAGACCCACACACGCGCCAGACCGCAGACCCAACACAAGCGCCAGACCGCAGACCCAGACACGCGCCAGACCGCUAGACCCACACACAACGGGCCAGACCGCAGACCCACACACACGCGCCAGACGGCAGACCCGCACACGCGCCAGACCGCAGACCCCACACAGCCCCAGACCGCAGACCCAGACACGCGCCAGACCGCAGGACCCCACACACGCGCCAGACCGCAGACCCGCACACGCGCCAGGCCGCAGACCCACACACGCGCCAUGCCGCAGACCCCACACACGCGCCAGACCGCAGACCCACACACGCGCCAGACCGCAGACCCACACACGCGCCAGACCGCAGAACCCACACCCACGCGCCAUACCGCAGACCCACCACACGCGCCAGGACCGCAGACGCCACACCACGCGGCCAGACCGCAGACCCACCACAGGACGAGCCAGACCGCAGGACCCACACACGCGCCAUACCGCAGACCCAACACCACCACGCGCCACACCGCAGAGCCACCCACGCGCCAACCGCAGACCCAACAACAGCGCGCCAGACCGCGACCCACCACAGCUCCAGACCGCCGACCCACACCAGGACGAGCCAGAACCGCAGGACCCACAACACGGCGCCAGACCGCAGACCCACAUCACGCGCCAGACCGCAGACCCACACACGCGCCAGACCGCAGGACACACCUACCAGCACAGCGCCCAGACCGCAGAUCCCACACCCGGCGCCAUACCGCAGACCCACACAGACGAGCCAUGA